CACGUCAUGUGAAGGGGGAUCACGUGAUCCCUAGUGUUUUGUUGGCGGCGGCGGCGGGGGUGGGGGUUGUCUAAGAUGGCGGCGAUGGAGGAAGAGGAACGGGCGUUGCUGGAUGAGGAAUCGCUGCCCAAAGACCAUGGUGACCCUGCGCGCAAGCCCUUGCCGGCGUUGUGCGACCCGCAGCGGCUGGCCCACCGGCUGUUGGUGCUGGCGCUCAUGUGCUUCCUGGGCUUCGGCAGCUAUUUUUGCUAUGACAACCCAGCAGCUCUGCAGGCUCAAGUUCAGAGGGAUAUGAAAAUAAACACAGCUGAAUUCAUGGCAUUGUAUGCCUGGUAUUCCUGGCCUAAUGUGUUUCUAUGUUUUUUUGGAGGCUUUUUGAUAGACAGAAUCUUUGGAAUAAGGUGGGGUACAAUAAUAUUCAGCUGUUUCGUCUGUGUGGGACAAGUAAUUUUUGCUAUGGGUGCAAUAUGUAAUGCUUUUUGGCUGAUGGAAUUUGGCAGAUUUGUAUUUGGGAUUGGUGGUGAGUCCUUAGCAGUGGCACAGAAUACCUAUGCUGUAAGUUGGUUUAAAGGAAAAGAAUUAAAUCUUGUUUUUGGACUGCAACUCAGCAUGGCUAGAAUUGGGAGCACUGUGAAUAUGAAUAUGAUGGGAUGGGUGUACUGGAAAGUUCAAGAUCUGUUUAGUUCUACAGGCCACACAACUCUGGGCAUAGCACUCUUGAUAGGUGGUACCACAUGUAUCUUUUCACUAGUUUGUGCUUUUAUUCUUGCUUACCUGGACAAAAGAGCAGAGAAAAUUCUUUGCAAAGAACAAGGGAAAACUGGUGAAGUGAUAAAAAUAACUGAUGUGAAAGACUUCUCAUUGUCAUUAUGGCUCAUAUUUUUAAUCUGUGUUUGUUAUUAUGUGGCUGUCUUCCCUUUCAUUGGACUUGGAAAAGUUUUCUUCAUUGAGAAAUUCAAAUUUUCUUCUCAAGCAGCAAGUUUGAUUAACAGCAUUGUGUAUGUUAUAUCAGCCCCAAUGUCCCCUAUCUUUGGAAUUCUGGUAGAUAAAGUUGGAAGAAACAUCACAUGGGUUAUAUGUGCAGUGGUGGGAACUCUAACUUCUCACCUUAUGUUGGCCUUUACUUUCUGGAAUCCUUGGAUAGCAAUGUGUUUGCUUGGAGUUGCUUAUUCCUUGCUUGCCUGUGCCUUAUGGCCAAUGGUUGCUUUUGUUGUACCAGAACACCAGCUGGGAACUGCUUACGGAUUCAUGCAGUCAAUCCAGAAUUUGGGUCUUGCGAUCAUUGCCAUUGCUGCUGGGGUGAUAUUGGAUUCCCGAGGAUAUUUCUUCCUAGAAAUUUUCUUCAGUUCUUGUUUGUGCUUGGCCCUUAUUGCUGUAGUCGCAUUAUACUUUGUGAAUUUAUUCAGAGAAGGAGAACUUAACUGGUCUGCAAAGAGGAGAGAAAAAUUGCAGAAGCUAGCCAUGGCUGAAGCAAAAAGACGGGAAAAAAUCAGACGUCAGAAUGAAGAUGAUUUAGCCAAAUUACAACCCAAGAGUGACUUUAGUUUGAGGAAUAGGUAUCUCUGCAGAUUAGGUGCUCAGGUACUGAUAACCAAAAUAAUUUAUUUUAAAAAUGUUGCAAUAAGUGCUGCUCCAGAAAGGACUUUUCUUGCCAAAUUAGCACUAUCUGAAGACCAUUUUUUAUUGUUUAUAACUUGCAUGCAAAAUAGUCAACAUAUCACCCUAUCAUAAAAAAAAAAAACCUUCCAACUUUCAUGAAGUUCCUUGGGGAAAAUAAUCCAGUUGGCCAAAAUGGUAGAGCUACUUCAACUGUAUUUUGAAAAUCAGGAUUGAGUAGAGAGAGAUUCUAUCUUAUCUGUCUAUCUUGCCAUCUUAUCUAUCUAAUCUAUUUGUCUUAUCUACCUGCCUACCUACCUGCCUACCUAUGAGUUUUGAUAAGGCCACCAACUCCAUGAAGAUUCUGGAUGGCCAAACAUUUAAAAAUCAGAGGACUGUCUGAACUAAAACACUCCCCAACAUGAAAGACUUGAUAGGGGCUCCAGACACCCUGAUCUCAGGCCUGGAAUUAACUUAAUCCCAGUGACUAACUUUGGCCCAUCUAGGUUGUUUUCUUGGCAACAGUUUAGUAAUAUUUUGUCACUAUUUUCUUCAAAUAUAUUUUUUGAACUUUUUCUGCACUCGUAAUCAUAGUGAAAAUUUGACCAUCCACUAAAGAUUAAUAUGCAUGCAAAAUGUGUUUUUAUUGAAAUAGUAGUCUAAUGUCUUGGUGACAUGACAUCUAAAGAAAAAUAUGCUACUUUUAUCUUCUACCAAAUAUAAGAAUAAUGUUAAGAGAAAACCAAACAUAAAAAGGCAUUUUACUUUAUUUCUGUAUACUGUAGUAGGCAAACAGUGCCUUUCAGAUUUGCUAGCUACAGUCCCCAGGAGCCUUAUCAGAAACAUCUAAUAUAUAAGCAGAUAAUUAGAACAUCAAAUUUCAGGGAAAAUGAUGCUAAGUACUUAUGGGCCUGUUUGCACAUGCAAGUCAACUUCAUGCUGAAAUUAUGGAUGUCUUAACCUGACCACUGCUGUUUAAUUUGAAAAUAAUUGCUGAUGAGAUAUCUUGCUCUUUUUUCAGCUGCCAGCCAACUGUGUUUGCCACUUAUCUGCACUGGCACACAGAAGUGUGUUGAAAUAGCAGAAUUGUGUCAUGACAUGGACAAACAAAAUAAGAAAUUGUAUCAACACAAGACCUCACUCUUCUGUAACAGAGAUCAACAUAUAGAAUAACACUAUUUAGUAGUUUUCUGGAAAUGUUAAUAAUAGCUGAUGUUUUGGAAGACUUUAAAGAGCCUACAUUGAACUCUGCUAUAGUGGAUAGCUAGGGAUUUUUAAAAAUGAUAUUCAUGGAUUUUUAUCUGACUGCUGCUUGGCUUAGAAUCCACAUCUGUUUGUAACAUUAAGUUUAAAAGGUAAUUCUCAUUUGGUGUACAAUUAUGCAGUAUAACUGCAUUCCAGAUGUACACUGUGCUUGUCUAUCCAUGCCUCAGAAUAACUACACUUUAUCUCUGUGUUGGACAUUUUAUUUGUGUUCUACGUUUCUUUCACUCUAAGAAAGGGAAGUAAUAGAUAUUAACGAAAUAGACUGUUUCUAUGAAAUGCAUAGCUUUUAUUUUACAGCUUUUUUCACUACAAUGAGCAUGGUUGAACAUAAACAUUUAAGAUGAUACUGCAUAAAUAUUUCAGGCGAUAGAUUACCUUUAAAGCU